AGGGAGAGUGCUUGUUCUAGCUUGAAUGAAUCGACCCCUCAUACGGCUGAUAAGCCAGCUGAGUAUAUCCCCCUGAAACAAAGUCAGACUGACCGUAGACGCUUAUCAGCCACAACUCUGGAAGCAUCUUUUUUUAGCAACAUCUGGGCAAGCAAGAAGGCUCCCUCGACUUCCUUUUCCGGCUCAAGCAAUUUGGGAGGUUAUGUAAUUCCCCCCAGCUCAAGUCAUUCUGCCACUUUGGACCGAUUAGCUACUUCGACAACCAAUAGCUCAGAGGCUGUAACCAUAGAGUCAGCAUCCCGACAGCUGGUAGACCCGGUGGAAAUGGAAUUCUCGCCUGCAACUGGUCGGUCGUUCGAUAAAGGACUGAGGAGGCGCCACGCUUGGAAGUCGGCUUGUGGCAGGCAGCCACGCACGGCCAAUAUAUCUAGAGAAGGGUCACUUUGCGCUGUUAAUCAAAUUUCAAUAGCCCCUGGUAGAACUGAAACUGUAGAGAUGGACGUAACGCAGAACCCAGGAAGUCAAGGUGAGUAG